UCCGCCCGACAACGCCUGAACGUCUGCUGCCCACUUCUGCUGCACGUCUCGCUUGUUCUGCUUUGACGCCCCACCCGACGCUGCUCUGUCUUUGACGCCGAGCCACUCCCCAGACAGACUCGUCAAUUCCGUCGGUCUCUCGUCAAAUCAUGCAGUCAACAGCGCAGACCGAGGCCACCACAAGACGUGCGGUAGUGACACGACCUCCAUGGGCGUUUUCUUCCUCAUCGGGGGAUUAUGAGACCCCCGACCCUCCCUACCCACCACCAGUCCUCAGCCGGUCCCAGCUCGCCGCUUUAUCUCGACAACACGACCGCCUGAGAGAAGCAACGCCACCUACAAUCAGCAAGACUCCAGAGGAAAGCGUCGGCCGGUGGCACCGAUUCAUCGCCCAAGGCCCGUUACCGACACACGUCCCAGAGGGGGCUGUCCUUGUCUCUCCGGUCUGGAUGAAGGCGAAUCUCCCCAACCUCGAGGCACAGCCCUCCCCUUCGGUGAUUGAGACAACAAAACAGCCGGAAAAGGCCACCGGCCCCCACGCUGUCUGGAAGAAGACCAAGCACGCCCUUGUGAACAGCAUCUGGGUUCCGUUCACCCUCCGCCUCCUCGUCCUUGCCUUCACUGCCACCGCCCUCGGCUUGUCAGGCUCAAUUUUCCACUUAACCGACGGCACGGUGUGCAAGAAAGGAGCCUCGACGUGGCUCGCGUUGAUAGUUGACGCUGUUGCCGUCAUUUACAAUGGGUACGUCAUGGGAGACGAAUACAAAUCACCGCCGCUUGGGCUCAGGCCCAAAAGCGCGAAGUUGAGCCUCUUACUGCUAGAUCUCUUCUUUGUUGUCUUCGACUCCGCAAACAUAUCGUUGGCGUUCAAGGCACUUACAGACGAAAGUUGGGCUUGUUUCGAUGACGUCCCCAACGUGGAAUACUCCACCGUGGCGUUGUGUCCGCUGAAUAACAAGAUCUGCAAUCACCAAAAGGCGCUGGCCGGAACGCUCCUUGUGGCAUUGAUUGCGUGGCUGACAACAUUCACCAUUUCGCUUUUCAGGGUCGUUGAAAAGAUUGACCAAAGACGGUCAUGAAGGGCCUUUUUGUGCUGCAUAGCGUGGGCGUCUUGGGGAAACUUUCGGGGUUAUUGAUACCAUUGCGUCUUUCUUCUGUUCUUCACGACCCCUCUUCCUAGCUGCAACGAAAUACUUGCCUCUUCGAUCUACGGUGCCUUGCCAUGUGAUUUGCUGCUCAUUUACGACUGUAUGAGGUGCCUCGACAUACU